AUGCCAUCAACUCCCGCCACCGACGCCGCCGCCGCCGCCGCCAACAGCAGCGACAGCAUCAUCACCAAGAGAGCGUCGGCCUCGUCGGCGGCACCGCGGCAGCAGCAGCCCGCGCUGGGGCAUGGCACCUGCGCGAAUGAAGCUCUGCAGAAGCCCUGUAAGAACAGCCGGGGCUGGCGCAAGAUUGUCCGCAACUUUACGCCGUCAUGGUUCGCCGUCAACAUGGGCACGGGCAUCGUCUCGAUUCUCCUCCACAACCUGCCCUACAACGCCCAGUGGCUGCAGUACAUUUCCUACAUCAUCUUUGCCCUCAACGUCGUCCUCUUCGUCACCUUUCUCGUCAUCAGCAUCCUCCGCUACGCGCUGUUCCCCGAGAUCUGGAGCGCCAUGAUUGAGCACCCGGGCCAGUCGCUCUUCCUCGGCUGCUUUCCCAUGGGCUUUGCCACAAUCAUCAACAUGAUGAUCUUUUGCUGCAGCCACUGGGGCAGCGGGCUCAUCCACCUCGCCUGGGCCUUUUGGUGGAUCGACGCGCUCCUCUCCAUGGCCACGUGCAUCACCAUGCCCUUCAUCGUCAUGCACUGGCACAGGCCGGGCCUCGAAAACACCACGGCCGCGCUGCUCCUGCCCAUCGUGCCCACCAUCGUCGCCGCCGCCACCGGCGGCAUCGUCGCCGAGGUGCUGCCCGACCCGGACCACGCCUUCACCACGCUCGUCGCCUCGUACGUCCUCUGGGGCAUCGGCGAGGCCCUCUCCGCCUGCGUCCUCGCCCUCUACUUCCACCGCCUCACCGUCCACGACCUGCCCCCGCGCGACGUCAUAGUCUCCGUCUUCCUGCCCGUCGGCCCCCUCGGCCAGGGCGGCUUCGGCAUCCAGCAGCUCGGCAAGGUCGCCCUCAAGCGCCUCCCCGACACCACCGCCUUUGCCGCCGUCGGCCUCGACCCGUCCAAGGGCGCCGAGAUCCUCUACGUCCUCGGCGUCUUCCUCGCCCUCGUCAUGUGGGGGUUCGCCCUGCUCUGGGUCAGCUUCGCCCUCAUCAGCCUCGCCACCACGGCCAGCUUCCCCUUCAACAUGGGCUGGUGGGGCUUCACUUUCCCCCUCGGCGUCUGGGGCACCUGCACCUCGCUCAUCGCCGUCAAUCUGGACAGCGACUUUUUCAAGAUUGCCACCAUGAUCAUCUCGCUGACCGUGCUGCUGCUGUGGCUCAUGGUCGGCGCGCGGACGCUGCAAAUGGCCAUUAGCGGUGACAUGUUUGUGGCGCCUUGUCUCAAGACACUGCAAGAACAAGAGGUUGCGCCGGCCAGCCAGACCGAAACGGAAAAGUAG